CUUCACUUCUCCCGAAGACUCGAAAGCAACAUUUCCGCUAAAGUGAAUGACUGUGUAAUGAAGACAACGGAGUUACUUGUUGUGGCAACUGUCAUUUUGUCGUUCGACAAAGGUUGUGACACGGUGCCAACAAGGCCACAGCAAGGGUCACUACAGCGUCAGCAUCAGGGUCAACAGCCCCACCAGGGUGUGGCGCUCGCUCCGUGGUACGAGGAAUAUCCUGACAUGACGGCAUACCAGAACGUGCCACCUUACCUGCCUGUAUAUCCCGUGGUGCUGUAUGACGGGUCCAUUUACUAUCCGCCUCCUAUGGACUUGCAAGAUCCUUAUCACUACAUGGGGCUGGGAGGAUAUGGACCCUGUCGCAGCGGCCAGAAGAAGCACAGUCGCAAGCACAAACCAAGACAAUAGAUAUUUCAACGACACGUCGACUGUCACAGCAAAACUGAUGUGUUAACAUCAGUCGCUCAGUUUAUUAUUGACACUGUUAGAGCGUUCUCCGUGUGAGUUGCUAAAAACACACGUGACAGAGCCCCAAGUACCUGAAAAACUCAAAACUGGAUUUACCUGUGUGCUGUGGAACUUU